UCCCCAGUUCCAUCAAAGCGAACCCGGGCCAGCGCAAGGAUCUCCGAGUUGCGAGUGUGCUGAGGCUGGGACUGUCACUCAUUCUCCGAUCAGCGCGUGAACGCAGCUCGGCAGCCGCUGGCAGGAAACAAUUCUGCAAAAAUAAUCAUACUCAGCCUGGCAAUUGUCUGCCCCUAGGUCUGUUGCUCUGCCGCCGUCCACACUCGCUGCAAGGGGGGCCACAGAAUUUACCGCGGCAAGAACAUCCCUCCCAGCUCGCAGAUUACAAUGCUGCAAACUAAGGAUCUCAUCUGGACUUUGUUUUUCCUGGGAACCGCAGUUUCUCUGCAGGUGGAUAUUGUUCCCAGCCAAGGGGAAAUCAGCGUCGGAGAGUCCAAAUUCUUCUUAUGCCAAGUGGCAGGAGAUGCCAAAGAUAAGGACAUCUCCUGGUUCUCCCCCAACGGAGAAAAGCUCAGCCCAAACCAGCAGCGGAUCUCAGUGGUGUGGAACGACGAUUCUUCUUCCACCCUCACCAUCUACAACGCCAACAUCGAUGACGCCGGCAUUUACAAGUGUGUGGUCACUGGUGAGGAUGGCAGCGAGUCUGAGGCCACCGUCAACGUGAAGAUCUUCCAGAAGCUCAUGUUCAAGAAUGCACCAACCCCACAGGAGUUCAGGGAGGGGGAAGAUGCCGUGAUCGUGUGUGACGUGGUCAGCUCUCUCCCCCCAACCAUCAUCUGGAAACACAAAGGCCGAGAUGUCAUCCUGAAAAAAGAUGUCCGAUUCAUAGUCCUGUCCAACAACUACCUACAGAUCCGGGGCAUCAAGAAAACAGAUGAGGGCACUUAUCGCUGUGAGGGCAGGAUCCUGGCACGAGGGGAGAUCAACUUCAAGGACAUUCAGGUCAUUGUGAAUGUGCCACCCACCGUCCAGGCCAGGCAGACCAUUGUGAACGCCACCGCCAACCUGGGCCAGUCUGUUACCCUGGUGUGUGAUGCCGAAGGCUUCCCAGAGCCCACCAUGAGCUGGACAAAGGACGGGGAACAGAUAGAGAAUGAGGAGGACGAUGAGAAGUACAUCUUCAGCGACGACAGUUCUGAGCUGACCAUCAGGAAGGUGGAUAAGAAUGAUGAGGCCGAGUACGUCUGCAUUGCUGAGAACAAGGCCGGCGAGCAGGAUGCAUCUAUACACCUCAAAGUCUUUGCAAAACCCAAAAUCACCUAUGUAGAGAAUCAGACUGCCAUGGAACUGGAGGAGCAGGUCACUCUUACCUGUGAAGCCUCAGGAGACCCUAUUCCUUCCAUCACCUGGAGAACAUCCACCCGAAACAUCAGCAGUGAAGAAAAGGCUUCGUGGACUCGACCAGAGAAGCAAGAGACUCUGGAUGGGCACAUGGUGGUGCGCAGCCAUGCCCGCGUGUCGUCCCUGACCCUGAAGAGCAUCCAGUACACAGACGCUGGAGAGUACAUCUGCACUGCCAGCAACACCAUCGGCCAGGACUCCCAGGCCAUGUACCUUGAAGUGCAAUAUGCCCCCAAGCUACAGGGCCCUGUGGCUGUGUACACUUGGGAAGGGAACCAGGUGAAUAUCACCUGUGAGGUUUUUGCCUACCCCAGUGCUACAAUCUCCUGGUUCCGAGAUGGUCAGUUGCUGCCAAGCUCCAACUUCAGUAAUAUCAAGAUCUAUAACACCCCCUCUGCCAGCUAUCUGGAGGUGACCCCAGAUUCUGAAAAUGAUUUUGGAAACUACAACUGUACUGCAGUGAAUCGCAUUGGACAGGAGUCCUUGGAAUUCAUCCUUGUUCAAGCAGACACCCCAUCGUCACCAUCCAUCGACCAGGUGGAGCCGUACUCCAGCACAGCACAGGUACAGUUUGAUGAGCCAGAGGCCACAGGUGGAGUGCCCAUCCUCAAAUACAAGGCUGAAUGGAGGGCACUAGGAGAAGAAGCGUGGCACGUCAAGUGGUAUGAUGCCAAAGAAGCCAACCUGGAGGGCAUUGUCACCAUCGUGGGCCUGAAGCCUGAGACAACGUAUGAGGUACGGCUGGCAGCCCUCAACGGCAAGGGACUAGGCGAGAUCAGCGCAGCCUCCGGGUUCAAGACACAGCCAGUCCAUAGCCCUCCUCCACCAGCUCCUGCUAGCUCUUCUACCCUUGUUCCAUUGUCUUCACCGGCUAAAGGGGAACCCAGUGCACCUAAGCUCGAAGGGCAGAUGGGAGAGGACGGGAACUCUAUUAAGGUGAACUUGAUCAAGCAGGAUGACGGCGGCUCCCCCAUCAGACACUAUCUGGUCAAGUACAGAGCGAUCUCCUCCGAGUGGAAACCAGAGAUCAGGCUCCCGUCUGGCAGUGACCACGUCAUGCUCAAGUCCCUGGACUGGAAUGCUGAGUACGAGGUGUAUGUGGUGGCGGAGAACCAGCAAGGGAAGUCCAAGGCAGCUCAUUUUGUGUUCAAGACCUCAGCCCAGCCCACAGCCAUCCCAGCCAACGGCAGCCCCACCUCAGGCCUGAGCACCGGGGCCAUCGUGGGCAUCCUCAUUGUCAUCUUCGUGCUGCUCCUGGUGGUCGUGGACAUCACCUGCUACUUCCUGAACAAGUGUGGCCUACUUAUGUGCAUCGCCGUCAACCUGUGUGGAAAAGCUGGGCCCGGAGCUAAGGGCAAGGACAUGGAGGAGGGCAAGGCGGCCUUCUCGAAAGAUGAAUCUAAGGAGCCCAUCGUGGAAGUUCGAACUGAGGAGGAGCGGACCCCAAACCAUGAUGGAGGAAAACACACAGAGCCCAACGAGACCACGCCACUGACAGAGCCCGAGCUGCCUGCUGACACCACAGCCACUGUCGAGGACAUGCUGCCUUCUGUCACCACUGUCACCACUAACUCUGACACUAUCACCGAAACCUUUGCCACUGCUCAGAACAGCCCCACCAGUGAGACCACCACCCUGACCUCCAGUAUUGCCCCGCCGGCCACGGCCGCGCCGGACUCAAAUUCUGUGCCCGCUGGGCAGGCCACCCCUUCCAAGGGGCCCAGCGUUGCUGCUUCCUCCCCGCCCCCAGCUUCAGCCCCUAAGGUCGCCCCUCUUGUUGACCUGAGUGAUACCCCGACCUCAGCUCCUGCCAGCAAUUUGUCUUCUAGUGUCCUGGCCAAUCAAGGAGCUGUCCUCAGCCCAAGCACCCCUGCCAGUGUGGGGGAGGCCUCCAAGGCCCCUGCGGCCAGCAAGCCGACCCCCGCACCAACCCCCACCCCAGCUGGGACAGCCAGUCCCCUAGCAGCAGCAGCAGCCCCUGCCACAGAAGCCCCCCAGGCCAAGCAGGAGGCUCCCAGCACCAAAGGCCCGGACCCGGAGCCCGCCCAGCCCGGCGCUGCGAAGAGCCCGCCCGAGGCAGCCACAGCCCCCGCUAGCCCGAAGAGCGAGGCUGCCUCCGUCAGCGCCACAAAUCCUUCCCAGGGCGAGGACUUUAAAAUGGACGAAGGGAACUUCAAGACCCCAGAUAUUGACCUUGCAAAGGAUGUUUUUGCAGCCCUGGGCUCUCCUGCUCCCGCCGCUGGGGCCAGUGGACAAGCCCCUGAGCUUGCUCCUUCCACUGCAGACAGCUCUGUUUCGCCUGCACCAGCAAAGACCGAGAAGGGCCCUGUAGAAGCAAAGUCGGAGUGCCAGGAGUCAGAAACAAAGCCAGCGCCAGCCGAAGUCAAGACGGUCCCCAACGACGCCACACAAACAAAGGAGAAUGAGAGCAAAGCAUGAUGGGUGACGAGCAACGAGCUGAGAUCAAAAUAAAAAGUGACACAGCAGCUUCACCAGAGCAUUUCCAAUACCACACACGCACACACGCGCACACACACAGUCUCAUUCCUCUAGUGUCUUUUGCCUUUAAAAAAAAAAAAAAAGCUAAACAGAUAAACAUGGGAUCUCCUUUUUGUAGGUUUAUAGAAAGGGCUCCUUUGUUGCACACUCACUUGUAAGAAAAUGAGACAAAAAGGUUAAACCCACAGCCAAACUAGGACACUCCGUUCCCUGAAACCAUUUAAAAAUCAAACAAAAGGACCCCAAAUUAAGAAUCUAGGAAGCUAAGGAAAAAAAAAAAAUCUAGGUUCAGAAAGACCACACUUGGUGUUACCCGAUUGGCACAGACCAGUUUCAGAGAAAUACUUUCAGGCACUAAGACUAACCGAAUGAACAAAGUCCACAGUUUAUUUUUAUACUUUCAGUCAAGUUCGAACUCUGUAAAACCUCAUAAAUAAGUUAUCAUUUCUGUUCACUUUGUAUUUGUUCAGUAUGCAAAGUGUGUCACCUUUCUAGCUGAAUUCAGUUCCCACGUAGACUCUUGUUUUGUAGGAAGAAUGCCAAAUUGCAGCUUCUGGGGGUAGAUCUCAAUUUGCAGUAUUCGGACUUCUUUUGCUUUCUUUUCCUGCGGCUGUUGUUCUGUUGUUUGUGUUGGUUUUCUCCCUUCCUUUCUGCCAACUUUGUUUUCCAGUGUUUACAGGUUGACAAAUGUUUGACUUGGGUUGUGUUUAAAUGUCCAUGUAAAAUAGCUGCUUUUUUGUUGUUGCUGUUGUUGUUGUUGUUGUUGUUGUUGUUUUUCUCUUCUUUUUUUAGAGUAGCAAAUACCGCCUAGAGGUAGGUAGGAUCCUCUCGGGCUUGCUUUAGCACAGGGUGACUUUACAAAAGAUGAUUGUUUACAGUGGUUCUACCCCCUUUUCUGAUUUGCAGUUUUUGCCUGUGUUCAGCUCAGGUGAAAAUCCAUCUCAUUCUGGAAUGGUUUUGCCUUUCUAUUUUCAGUUCUUUUUGUGUUUUCUUUGGGGGUUAGACCACUUUCUGAUUAGCUGCCACCUGCCUGUAUCUGUGACAAAGGAUCUGCCUCCCAGGCGUUCUCGCCCUUCCUUUUGAAGGACUCUUUAGGCUUUGUUGAAUGAAGCAGAGAAGAUUGUAUAGUUGGGGCUGGUCUUGGUGAACACACAUUUAUACCCCAAACAUCCCCUUUUUGUAGAAAGCCAAAUAAAAUAUAUACAUCCCAUUUCCUUUUGAGCCCAGAAUCUAGAUUUGAGCGGAAGAGCAUGUGUGCUUCAGGGAAUUAGUGUCUUUUUUUGGAAAUCUGUUGAAGUCAAGUAACAUCGGCCUUCUGUUCAUUUUAGGCAGCAUUUGUAGAAACAAAGAGAAAAAAAAAAACUACUAUCUGGAGUCAUAACACAACUUUCCUGGAUUGGAAACCAAGUGGGGGAAAAAAAUACAGAAACUUUAAGGGGGAUGGGAGGGGGGAGAAGGGAAAAGCCAGCCCUUUGUAUAGAAAUUUUGCUUUUGUUUCUCAUUCUACUUUAGAACUGCAAGCUUGUGCACUGUGGAUGCGUGAAUAUUUUAGUGUGAAACGUGUUUUUGUCAUAGUAUUGAAAUAAAACUUCAACAUAG